UUAUUUUUUCUGUCUCUCUGUGCGAUGGAGGGGCUGCAGUGAGCUGGCUGUGGGUGCAGAAGCAGAAGAGGCGACGCGAUGGUUACACCGGCCCAGCCCUUGUGUGAGAGCUGCGGCCGGUCCCUGCGGCCCCUGUCAGCAUGACUGAGCCCUCGCCGCGCUCUCACUGCUCCGUGCUCAGCUGCUUUGGUGAAGAGCCUCCCAGCCUGGAAUACAUACAAGCCAAGGAUCUGUUCCCACCCAGGGAACUGGUGAAGGAGGAGGAUAAGUUGCAGGUACCAUUCCAAGUGCUGCCAGGAGAGAGUGUGGAGUAUUUAGGGAGUGCAAAUGAUGCUGUCAUAGCAAUAUCCAACUACAGACUACACAUCAAGUUCAAGGACUCUGUCAUUAAUGUGCCUUUAAGGAUGAUUGAAGCAGUGGAGAGCCGUGACAUGUUUCAGCUACAAAUUAUUUGCAAAGACUCCAAAGUAGUGAGAUGCCACUUUUCUACAUUCAAGCAGUGCCAAGAGUGGUUGAAGCGGCUUAGCAGAGCUACUGUACGUCCCACCAAGCAAGAAGACCUGUUUGCAUUUGCCUAUCAUGCAUGGUGCCAGGGGGUCUGCUCUGAUGAGGAGGAGCACCAUGUCCACCUCUGUCGUCCAGGUGAUCAUGUGAAGGAUCGCUUCCAGAUGGAGUUGCUACGGAUGGGCUUUGAUAUGCAGAAUGCCUGGAGAGUGUCUGAAAUCAACAACAACUACAAACUUUGUCCAAGUUACCCUCAAAAACUGCUUUUUCCUGUGUGGAUUACUGAUAAAGAGCUUGAGAAUGUGGCCUCAUUCAGAUCUUGGAAACGAAUUCCUGUUGUUGUGUACAGACAUUCGCGAACGGGGGCUGUAAUCGCUCGCUGUAGCCAACCAGAGAUCAGCUGGUGGGGAUGGCGCAAUGCCGACGAUGAGCAUCUAGUAACUUCCAUAGCAAAAGCCUGCGCACUUAACCCCGGAGGACGCGCUGCUGCCAGCUUGACCAACAAAGGCACCGGUGAGGGGACAGAGAAUGCAGAUACUGAUUUUGAUUCUUCGCUGACUGCCUGUCCUGGCAUGGAGGGUAGCACACCACCGCAGAAACUCCUCAUUCUGGAUGCACGAUCCUACACUGCUGCUGUGGCAAACAGAGCGAAAGGUGGAGGCUGUGAAUGUGAAGAGUACUAUCCAAAUUGUGAAGUAGUAUUUAUGGGAAUGGCCAAUAUUCACUCUAUCCGGAACAGCUUCCAGUACCUGCGAGCGGUGUGUAACCAAGUGCCCGAUCCUGGAAACUGGCUGUCAGCACUGGAAAGCACCAAGUGGCUUCAGCACCUCUCUGUCAUGUUGAAAGCGGGCACUGUUGUGGCCAAUGCUGUGGAUCGGGAGGAACGCCCUGUGCUGGUUCACUGUUCAGAUGGCUGGGACCGAACGCCGCAGAUAGUAUCCCUGGCGAAAAUCCUGCUGGAUCCAUAUUACCGGACCUUGGAAGGAUUCCAAGUGUUGGUGGAAACGGACUGGUUAGACUAUGGCCAUAAGUUUGGUGAUCGCUGUGGUCAUCAGGAGAAUGCCGAGGAUCAAAAUGAACAGUGUCCAGUCUUUUUACAGUGGCUGGACUGUGUGCAUCAGCUACUUCACCAGUUCCCUUGUCUCUUUGAAUUCAACCAUGCCUUCCUGGUGAAGUUAGUACAACACACAUACUCCUGCCUCUAUGGAACGUUCCUCGCCAACAACCCAUGUGAGCGAGAACAGCGCAACAUCUUCAAGCGGACCUGCUCAGUGUGGUCCCUACUGAGAACGGGCAACAAGAACUUUCACAACUUGCUCUACAUGCCCGGGGGAGAGCUGGUUCUACAUCCGGUGUGUCACGUUCGGGCUCUUCAGCUCUGGACAGCGGUGUAUCUACCCGCAUCUUCACCCUGUACACCCAUUGAUGACGGCAUGGAGCUUUACCUUUCCCCAGCCUCUCAAGGCCCAGACUUUAAUUCCAGGUCCCUGGACAGAUUACCUAAAACUCGUUCAAUGGAGAAUCUUGCAACCGCAUGUGAUAACGGAGGAAUACUGACACGUACUUCAAGCGACCCAAACCUAAAUAAACACCAAUCUAGCUUGGACUCUCAUUGCAAUAAUGCUGAAGAGGGGGAAGCGGGAAGUCUGGGUGUUCUGCAGCAGAAGGAUGGGGAAAGAAAGGAAGAAAAUGUAGAUCAGGAGCUCCAUAAAGACAACCAGAACGAAGAGGAGAACAGAGAAUCUAAAGAAAGUAAAGAGAAUGUUCAGCAGAACGGAUAUGAUACUUCAUCAGAUACAGAAACCAAGUCUACCAACUCAGAAUGUGACAGUGAUAAUCCUGCACUAGAAAAUAAAACUGACCUACUGGAGCAAAAUACAAAUACGGUUACCGAUCGGGAUCGACACACAAGCCCCAACUUGACGCAUCUUCCCUGUCAGAGGUCAGAGGCUGACGUGUCUACCAAUAACUCUUCAUGUAAAGAGAACAAGCCUGGGAAACUAACAAAAGACACAUGUAGGACUGACAAAAAAGCGAUCUGUCAAAUUCCAAGAAGUGACAUUUCAUUGUUGGCAUCAAAUUGGGACAGCUUAAAAGGAAUGAUGAAGUCGGUACCCAUUGGUGAGACUGUACUUCAUCAUCCUUUGUCAUAUGACUAUUCCACAAGGAGUCUCCAUAGCAAACAUGGGAGACAUACAGCUGGCUCAUACAGUUCCAGAGAUUCUGCAAAGGUUUCCUACCAUUUCCGUCCCUCUUUGCACUGUUCUGGCCCCUCAGUAAGAAGCUGUAGAGGGUCUGUGACAUGUCACCCUAGGCCAUUUCAUACCGGACGAUUCUUUCCUUUGGCUUGUCCUUCACCUGCACCUCUCAUGUACCAAGAUGAUGAUGGUUUGCCUAUUCCCAAUGAUGUAGUACAACAGCGGUUGCGGCAAAUGGAAGCUAGCUACAAACAAGAAGUUGACCUGCUCCGAAGGCAGGUAUGGGAACUGCAGUUACAGCUGGAAAUUCGGCAGUAUUGUGCGCCACCGCCUGAACCAGAAACGGACUACGAAGAUGACUUUACCUGUGUAAAAGAAUCCGAUGGUAGCGAUAUGGAUGACUUGUACUCUGAUAAAAGCGAGGACAGACUUUCAGAGGCCAGCUGGGAGCCAGUGGAUAAGAAAGAAACUGAGGUUACGAGAUGGGUACCUGAUCACAUGGCUUCACAUUGUUUCAACUGUGACAGUGAAUUUUGGUUGGCUAAGAGAAGACAUCACUGCAGGAACUGUGGAAAUGUUUUCUGCGCCGACUGCUGUCACUUAAAGCUCCCUAUUCCUGACCAACAGCUCUACGACCCAGUCUUGGUUUGCAAUACCUGCUAUGACCAUAUUCAAGUCUCGCGUGCUAGGGAGCUAAUGUCCCAGCAACUGAAGAAGCCCUUAGCUGCAGCAUCAAGCUGAGUGCCAAGCAAGAAAACAGACCUGGCUUCAAGCUCCUUCUUUAGUUCUUUGCAGCCAAGAUGAAGUUUUGAGGGGAUGGCGUGACUACUAAUAUAUGGUUGCAUGCCGGUGAACACAUACUUCGGUAGUAAGCAACACACCGGCUUACCUUAGCAUUAUAUUUCUGCACAUUGGCAGGAUUGUUCCCAACACAAAAGUGUAGGAUUUGUGAAGGACAGCUCGGGUUUUAGAUUUUGGUUUCGGAUAUCUCUUGCCGUAGCUAGGAUUAAGCUCCUUUUUGUUGAAGGUUUAAAAAGGAAAGUGGUCAGACAAUCGGGUGGCCAAGAGAAGAAAGGUGACAAGAAUUCAAGCUGCAUUGUCCUUGUUAAGGGGGUUCUCUUUUAUUUUUUUGGUUAAAGUGAGAUCUGGUUAUGUGGUCUUAGCCGUAUGUUUAUUUUGUCCUAAAUCUGUCUCCCGGCCAAGCUGUGUCUCCUGCUGCUUUUGAUCUCGUAUUCAUGGAUAACUGAAAAAUUCUGAUUAAAUUGAUUUUGCAUUUGAUAUGCAAGAUUUAUGUGUAAAUAAAAGGUAGCUACAAAA